CCCGCAGCUAACUACCGCGGGGGACCAACGAACUUUGCUUCUCCUUCCCGCAUGUUCUUCUCCUGAUCUCCUCCACUCGUCGUCCAUCCCUCGAGCUCUCCUCCUGCAGCUCCGGAUCUGGAAGGCCGGGGGAGUCGCACGCUGGCAGAAGACUAGAAGAGAAACAGCAGAAUUGAGCCGUAGGCAGAGGAGAAACAGGGCAGGGCUGUUGACUCGCAUGCCUCUGAGAAUUCGGGGCAGAGGCAUCGCGUAGCUGCUAUCGGAAAAGCUCGAGGUGAAGACAUGGAUUGGUUGCCUGGAGAGCUGUGCCUCAAGAUCUUCCAGCUCCUGGAUCACCAGUCCCUCGCCUCCGCUCCCCAAGUUUGCAGGAAAUGGAGGGCGUUGACCUCCGACGAUGAGCUGUGGCGCAAGCUGUUCAGCGACAGGUGGGGAGCGGACGCCGGGGCGUUCUACGCGCCGGAGGGCUCCAAGUCCUGGAAGGACGUCUUCGUCGUGCAGGACCGGUGCGACCGAUACGGACUGGGUGUCAGGAUCAUCAGGGAAGGGAAAGACUACUACCUGAUCUACCAGGGCGAGAUCCAGAGGUACCUGGGCUCGCGCCAGGACACGGACGGUGACGGCGGCGGCAAGGACGCGCCGCGGCAGGACGCUGAGGACGAGCAGCGGCAGAUAUCCAACCGGAUCCUGUUCUUCCUGGGGGAUCUAGAGGCAGCCUGUGCGGACGCCAAACGUGUCAAGGCGUGAACGUGACCUCCUCUGCGGCUGCGCCCCUGUCCAGGAUUCCAGGAGCACAUUGCCGCCUGUAUGAUGCAUAGCUCGUGCAUAGUGUUGUUCCUAUACUAAAUGUAUAGUGCUUCACCCACAAUUUAUUUCAGUUCAUAAUCAUGUUAACAUUCACAGUUCAUUUUGACUCUAGUAUGGUCAUUUAGAUUGUAAGUUGACUUGAUCGUAUAUGCUUUGUUUGUAUGAAACUUUCAUCUAUCAAUGGUUCAAUGAA